AUGGAAACCACAGAGCUCACUCACUUCACUCACAAAACAACCAUCAUCACAAUGGAGAAGGGAAGGCUAAUCCGUCUCAAUGAUCACUGGGUCUCCAUUGCUAUAGACAAUCUUGAUUCUUUUGGGGAUGUUGGGUACCUAGAUUUCAGGUUUCUCGAUCAACUCUUACCCCACUGCUCCAAAGACCAGUUGAUUCACAUCGAGAAGUGCACAAAAGAUACAGACCUGACUCCGAUCACCGAUAAGCUUUGGAAGAAGUUCUUUGAGAGAGACUUCGGUGGCAAAGCUACUGAUGAGGUCAUCGAGAAGAUGAAGAUCAAGAAAGUGAGCUUCAAGUGGUCGGAGUUGUACCAGGAAAAGUCCAAGAGACUGGAAAAGGCUGAGAAAGAAGUCGGUGUAAGGUUGAAGAAGCUGUACGAGAAAGAAGCCGCUCGGAAACAAAGCCGGCAGGUUAAGGUGUUGGACAAGGUUCCACCUUCUUCGUCAACCAACAACAGAAAUGGCUCCAACAAAGAUAGCAAACUGAUGAGCAGAUUGAGGAAACAACAUCUGAAUUGUCUGGAAAUGAGAAAUAUUCAAGCUAUGAAGAUGAAGAGAACUGCUGCCAACUAUUCUGGUCUCAUCAAAAGGCCAAGAACGACUAUUCGACCUAUGAACAUCUUUUGA